AUGGCAAAUCCAACAGCCCUUCCAGAAUCGUACUCCUCGCUUCCCUUCAAGGACAUUCUGAUUUCACACGUCCCAGAAACAUGCCUUUCCCCUACGAAGGUUGUCCUGUUACGGCUAAAUCGACCGAACAAGCUCAACGCCGUGACUGCGCACAUGAUCGAAGAACUAAUAACUGCAUUCCAUUACUUUGAGGUCGACGAUCGAAUCAAGGCUAUUGUGGUCACAGGCGUGGGAAAAGGAUUUUGUGUUGGCGCCGACCUCGAAGUCGGGUUUUCCGGACUUCUUGAAAAUCUGAAGGGUGGUCCUACUGCAAUCAAUGCAUAUAGAGAUGGGGGCGGCAGAGUUGCACUCGCAAUCCAUAAUUGCCGUAAGCCGACGAUUAUGGCUAUUAAUGGCCAUGCUGCAGGGUUUGGGAUAACAAUGACACUCCCUGCUACGAUCCGGGUUGUCUCUGCGACAUCAAAGAUUAGUUUCGCAUUUUCAAGACGCGGUCUUGUUAUGGAAGCCUGCAGUUCCUAUUUCUUACCUAGACUUCUCGGGUUAUCGCGCGCGCUGCACUUGGUAACAACUGGUGGUAGCUACGCGGCAUCAGACCCAUUACUCGCCCAGCUCUUUUCAGAAGUGUUGCCUACACCCGGAGAGACAGUCUCUCGAGCAAUAGAAAUAGCAAAUGAAAUCGCAGCUCAUACAUCUACUGUGAGUACAGCUGUGAUGCACGACAUGAUGUACAGGAGUCCAUCGACCCCUGAAGAGGCGCAUUUGUUGGAAUCGAAAAUCUUUCUCACUACCUUGUUGUCGAGAGACAGCAAGGAGGGUAUGAAAAGUUUUCUGGAAAAGAGAAACCCUGGCUUCACAGGUACAAUGAGAACAGAUGCUCCGCAAGGAUGGCCGUGGUGGAAAGCCACAAAUGUAACAUCUCGUAUCGGAGCAAACAAGACCAAAUUAUAA